AGAAGAUGCUUUUUCUCCUCUUAAGCUGUCUCCUGCCUGUUGCCCAUGGAAAGAGCUGCCUCCUCUGCUGGCCAGAGUUGCCUGCCUUGAUGGACUAUGACCUUCAGGUCCUCUGGGGCACCCCAGGCCCCCCUGCAGAGCUCUCCCAGAGCAUCCACUCCUUGUUCAGGGAGGACAACACCUUCCUCAGACCCUGGUAUCUUGGACAAGAACAUUUAGAAGAAGAAGCAGCCAAGUUGUUCAAUCACAUAGAAGAAUCCAUUAAGAAGAUGCGAGACAAUAAGCAGCUACUAAUGGAUGAGAUUCAUGUCCAGAAAAAGCUGUUUUCCAAGAAGCUGAGCGAACGUUCUGAGGAGCUGAAAGAAAAGGUCUGCAAUAGCUCCUGUGACCUACAUAUCCUGGAGGUCAUGGACUGUGCAAGAUGCAAGAUGCACUACCUCACCUGCAGAGAUGCUAAACUCUGCCCAGGCAGGGCCCAGAGCACCUACAUCUGGGCUGCAAGCCUCUUCUUUAUCAUUCCCCUGGCAAGCAUAGCUGGAGGUGGAUACUACUUUUUCUGGAUUGUGAAGAAGAAGAAGGAAGAAAAGUUCUCCUCAUCUGACGGAUCCCUCAGCAAGACCUUCGGAGAGCACCUUCCUUCCAUAACCGAGCAAAGGCCAGAGUUGCUGUCUAGAAGCACAUCUCUUGGUUCCAGCAAGAGUUCUCCCUCCUCCGAAUCCCUCCCUCCUGAAAGGGAGGCAUCUUAAAAGUUCUGUGAACACUCCAGGACUGUUGCAGAACUGAGUCCUGUGGUUUCCCAACUCUCGUAUCUUGUAAAUGUCCAUUAUUAAAGUCACCCUACUAAUGUC